AUGCUCCUCCACCACCAGCUCCUCGCCCUCCUGGCGCUCCUCCUCUCAUGCAUCCACGUCGACGCUGCCUUCAUCAGCUACCCUCGCCCCUCCAUCUACUCCAAAUCCGCACACUUCUCGCUCAAAGUAAACGGCACAUACGCGUACACUGUCAGCUACGAUGGCUACGACUACGUGCAGCUCUCCAUGGACGAGGGCUACGCCACGGAAUUUCGCAUUGCACUGACGAGCGGAGAUAGCAUCACGUCCUACUCCAUUUCGCCGGAACGACUCCCUAUUUCUGCGAAGACGGAGGGCAAUGAGCUCGUCUUCUCGCUCACGAAGGCGCAUUAUUUAAUUGUGAAGAUCAAUGACGAAAAGGAGUUUGUCGUGCUGCUUGAUCCGAGCGAGCUCGACGUGCCGGCUAGCUCUGGUGCGAAUGUGUAUAAUGUGCGCGACUACAAUGCAGACGACACCGGAAAGUCCGUGACAAAGGGCAUCCAAGCCGCCAUGGACGCGGCGGCAGGGAACCCCGGCAGCAUCGUCUACGUGCCAGCGGGCCUAUAUACAAUCGGCAACCUGCUCCUCCGCAACCACACCUCACUAUACCUCGCGGGCGGCGCGGUGCUGCGCUUCUCGGGGGACCCAAAGGACUACACAACGCUCUACAACAAGCCGGACCUGUACAACGGGACGUGGUGGAUCCAGACGGAAAUCAACUCGACCAACAUCAAGGUGUACGGCCGGGGCACAAUCGACGGGAAUGGGUAUAACACGCGAAAGGCAAAGUUCAUGGCCGACCUGCUGGUGCCCGUCGGCACAACGAAUUUCACCUGUGACGGGGUUCUCGUGCGCGACAGCUCGUUCUGGGCCGUCACGCCGAUCCAGGUCACGGACGCGCUGAUUACGAACAUCAAGAUUCUAGACCGGCAGGACGUCACGCAGGACGACGGGAUUGAUGUUGUUGAGUCGACGCGCGUGACGGUGCGCCGGGCUAUCGCGAUUGCCAACGACGAUAGCUUUUCGGCCAAGACCUGGCCGUAUAAAGUGCACACGACGGUGCCGUAUCCGUACGCGCCGCGGGAGUUGCGGGAUGUGCUGUUCGACGACUGUUUGGCGUGGACACUGUGCUAUUCGUACAAGAUCGGGGAAGGCGUGUGGGAGGUACAGGAUAAUGUGACGUUUCGGAACAGCGUGGCGUAUAAAGCUGGCGUGGGGAUUGGGAUUCAUCAUAAGUUUGGCUCGGAGGUGGCGAGUAAUAUUACCUUUGAGGAUAUUGAUAUUGAGAGGUUGUCGGGUUCGCCAGGCGGGAUGGCGUCUUGGAUGGCGAUUUAUGUGGAUAAUGCGGGCGAGGGUGUUGGGCCUUUGAAGGAUUUGACGAUUAGGAAUAUAAGGGCGAGGCAGCAGGGUUCAAGGAAUGCGUUUUUGCAGGGCUUUAAUCAGUCGUCGAUGGUGAGUGGCGUGACGAUUGGUGAUGUGUACAUGUUUCAGAAUAAGACCCCGGCGACGACGUUUGAGGAGAUGAAGUUGUUUAAUGUUAGUUAUUCGGAAGGCGUUAAGAUAGUUAAUUCGUAA